CCCCGGGUAUCCGGUCAGCCCCUUCGGCGGGGCGGGCUGCCGGCAUAAAAGCAGGGCUGCUCCACUCCGCCCUGUUGGGUUUUUUGCUCCCUCCCUCUGCCGGUGCCCUCCCCAGAGCCGCUGGGCCACGCCGGGAAGACGGAGGUAUCUGAAUAAAUAGCCUCAAGAUGAACUUCUUCCUGGAAACAUUAAAGGUCAUUGUACUACUACCGUAUUACUUACUGGAGUCACUAGUGUUCUUGAUUGUGCCUAAACCAAAGAAGAAUGUUAGUGGUGAAAUAGUAUUAAUAACAGGAGCAGCAAGUGGCGUUGGAAGAUGCUUAUCAUUAAAGUUUGCCAGACUUGGAGCCACGUUGGUUCUAUGGGAUAUUAAUCAAGAGGGGCUCAAGGAGACAGUCAGACUGGCCAGAGAAAAUGGAGCAGCAAGAGUACACUGUUACAUCUGUGACUGUAGUAAGAGGCAGGAUGUCUACAGUGUAGCUGAUCAGGUUAAAAAAGAAGUUGGCGAUGUUAACAUCCUAGUCAACAAUGCUGGUAUUGUAACAGGGAAGACAUUUAUUGAUUCUCCAGAUUCACUUGUAGAAAAAACCAUGGAAGUGAACGCAAUGGCACACUUCUGGACUUACAAAGCCUUCCUCCCAGCAAUGAUUGCCACUAACCAUGGACACUUGGUUAGCAUAGCAAGCUCUGCAGGACUGUGUGGAGUCACUCGUCUUUCAGAUUACUGUGCAAGUAAAUUUGCAGCAGUUGGUUUUGCAGAGUCAAUUGAUGCAGAGAUGAGAAGUCUGGGAAAGACUGGUAUUAAAACCACAAUUGUGUGUCCUUACAUCAUAAACACAGGCAUGUUUGAUGGUGUUAAAACCAAGUGGCCACAUCUGUUUCCUGUGCUGGAUCCAGAGUAUGUGGCUGAGAAGAUAGUCACUGCUGUUCGACAGAACCAAGAAAUGUUGCUGAUACCACGCAUCCUUUAUGUAUUAUUUGCUUUGAAAAACAUCCUACCAGUGAAAGCAGCUGUUCUCCUUCUGGACUAUUUUGGAGCAUUCCAUUUAAUGGAUACCUUCAAAGGUCGACCAAAGAAGGAUUAAAAAAGCACAAAAUUCAGAGACCAGCAACUCUAAAGUGGACCUUGUUAAAGGCGGUGAUGGGAAAAGAAACAUUUGCUUCUAUAGCAGUUGUGAACUUAGGGUGCCUCAUUUCUCAUUAGUAACAAGAUUUAGAAAAGUUGCUUUUUAAUUGGCACUUAACAGCUUUCAUUUGAACUAUUUUUUCAAUUCAGUGAACUCUUUUCACCUCAUUAUGAAAAUACAUUAAUUGAAUUUAGUUGCUUUGGUUAUGUCUGUUUAUAAUGCCUUGAAUACAAUCCUGCAUCACAAACUACUAAUUGGCAACUUUUGUGGGGAGAAUGGAGCAAGAAGCCAUAUGCAUUCAGCAGGAAUCCAGAAAAGGCUCUAGUGGACCUGACUUUUUGCUGCCAUUCAAUGAACCAUGACCAUGAGUUGUACUGUUGGUAUCAUUCCGUGGUAAGCUGAAGAAUUCGAGUUUCCUGAGACAACAGAUUGUAAUUCAUAUGAAAAGUUUUGUGAAAUGAAAAUAUGCGCUGCAUUGAUGAAAAAACAAUGAAAUAUAUUUGGAGGUGGUGGUCUCUGAACUCACAGAUUACUAUGGAUGUCGGAACAGGGAUGAGUAAGGAUGUAAAUUAUGUAUUUGUGCUGCUGAUCUAUUUUACCUAAUUUAUUUUAAAAGCUCAUACUAUGCAACUUUUGUAACAGAAGUCUUUGUAUCAUUUAGGUGCAGUAUUUAAUGAACAAUUUUAAAUUGUCAUCUAAAAAGAAUGAACUUGUAGCAGUAAAGCAGAAGACUGCCAGUCUAGAUGGACAAUACAAUGUCUUGUCAAGUAAGACAAUAAGCUACUAAAAGCAAAGGUGGUGUAUUGUAUAAUAGGAGUUUCUCUUGGGAUUAUUUCAGAAAGGAACGAUGCUGAUGGAACUGGAGUGAAUGGUGUCAUUACAGGCAUAGCUUGAGUAAUGGCAUGAUGUUUUGCUUCUCUGAGUUGGGUGGCAGGUUGCCUUGUGUCUACAGAGACUUGUGUUACUUUCUCUUUACUCUUAGGACUAUCCAUUUAUUUUGGACAUAUGCUGAGGAGGCCUUGCCCUUUUUGAAAAGGGAAGGAUAGAAAGCUGAAAGCCCCCUCGAGUUUUUUGUAAUCCAAAACAAGAAAAAGGAAUCUUAUAUGUAUGUCAUUUAUGUACAUGCUGGCUAAGCCCAUGUCAUGUCACAGCGCUUGCUACAGUGUGACAGUGCUUGUCACAAUUGGUACAGCAAUUGGAACAGUAUGGAGAAAAGGGUGACUUUUUAAUGGUUAACAAGUAAAAAAGAGGUUGUCUAAAUGUGCUGUCCAUACAUACAUUGCACUGUUCUCAAAGUCCACCACUAAUAACUGUGUGGUGUAUCUGUGUCUUCAGACUCCUCACCUCUUUAUACUAACGGACCACAUUUUUCCCUCCUGGCUAUGAAAUACUAGGUAUGCAGAAUUCUGGAGCAAAGGGGAAGAAAAGUGGGUUGUGCAUAUGAGCAGUUUGAGUGGCAAACUCCAGAGCAAGUAGCUUUUCAUUUUUAGUGUCAGCAGGGGACUCUGUUGGAUCACUGGUGGUUGCCACGUUGGGGGGCCCCUGGGUGUGUCUGUCCUGCUGGCUGAGUCCUAUGGUGUAACUUUCCCCUCUCCUUUGAUGUACACAAGAACUGCUGCUGAAAAAAAUGGACAAGGAAAGGCCUCCCAAACAGUUCCUCGCUGACAAAAAUCCAAGCAAAAUUCCCAGCUGGCAGCCAGGCCGAGAGCAAAGCCACCUCUGAGCUCCUGCCACCCGGACCUCAUCCCAGCUCAGGCAGCAACAACCUUCUUCCUCGUUUCCCUGAGAGUAGGAAAGAAAAGUAAAAAAAACUCCUUACCCCUCCCCUCAGGUAAGAUCUUGAGGGACAUCAACUUGGAAUGUGGUUUUACCAGCCACUUCUUUUGUGUUAAUGGCCCAAGCCACAGCCAACCUGCCUAUUCAACAUCACUUUCACACUAUGGGCAGGGGGAAGAGAAAAAUUCCAGCUUCGUUUCCCAGAACAAACAAAACCAUGGCACUCUUUGAAUAACCUGUUCCAGUGUUUGUUCACACUCUGCUUACAAACAAAUAAAAUUAUGUUUAUAUUGAA